AUGAGUCACAUGCGCCCGUUCGGAAUACUACCACAAAACAAGACACCUGACUACGAAGUGCGACUCCUUCUCGAACCCGCCGAGAUCCUCACCCCAAGCAUUCAACUUACCAAUGACGUCCAAUCUACCUUCAACAUGCAGCCGAGCGCUACCAAGGAGAGCAUAGAAUUUUUCGACACCCCAACCAAGGAAAUCUUCGAGGGCCGGCUGGAGCGUCAGCGCCCCACCCUUACCCAUGCCAACCGGCAUGGUUUCAACAAUGAGCCCACUGGUGACAGUAGGGAGUUCAAAGCGCAGGUUGAAUGGGGCUACGCAAACAAAGUAUUGUCCAUGGCCAGCAAGAAGAAGCUAGAUGGAUUUCUAGCCGACGAACUAGACUUCCCUUCAGCAGAUAGAAUCCGGCAGAUGCUAAGCACGGAAGCGCCAAAUAAGUUCAGACAUUGGAAAAUUCAUGACUGGGGCACUUAUGCUUUGCAGCGGUCGAUCAUUUAUGGCCCGAUUCUUGUUGAUCGCUACUCCGGCUCGUGGGAUAAUAAGCCGAUCAACCUUGAAGUUUGGUACAUGGUGAAUCCCUCGGCUUCGAGAACUGAUUACAUCGUCGAGGUUUCCUGUAAGACGAACAAUCGUGCCUCGGCCUUGUUUAAGCAGAGGAGACUGGUGGAUGAGUUGAAGAGCAAAGGUUGGUUAGUUGACGAGGAUCUAAAGAAGACGGAAGCCAUAUUGGAUGCCUACGCGGUUUGA